AAAAAAAAAAAAGGAGAAGAAUUUUUUUCUUAAAAAAAAAAAAUGGUGAAAGUUCAGAUGUUAAGAUUUGUGACAGAAGUUGCACCAUCAAAGAUGGCAUCUCAUGUGAUAAAGCGUCCAUUUGUGAAGAUGCUUGAAACCAUCAAGGAGGAAGAGGCUUCCCAUGGAACUUCCACCGCCGCCGCCGGUGGCCUCUCCUCGGCCGCCGGCGUCACCAUUUACGUCGACAGAUCAAAAGGCAGAGCAACAUGAAGAUCAAUGAUGUAGUUAGAUCAUGAGGAUUCACCUUUCAUUUGAUGUCUUAAGCCUAUAUGAGCGCUGAAAUUUCGCUAAAAAGAUUGAGGAUAGUGAAAUGUUCUAGUACUACAAAAAAGAAAAAAAAAAUGUAUGUUUUGCCAGAAGUAUACUACUGAGUGAGUUAUCAGUGAAUAUGGGAUUCUACUUUUAUGAGGAAUCUUUAAGGCUGUUGUUGAUGUUUCGUGUGCACUGAAUAAAUUAUGCACCUUAAUAAUUUGUAGCACGUACGUUAUCUAGCAGCUAGUAGUACCAGUGUAUUACAUUUGAUUUUUUCAGUUGUGUCUUCCUUUAAGAGUUGCAAAUCGUUCCCUAAAACUCGUCCCAGUGCCCAUCAAAAUAUGUAGUUUAGACUAGUAUUGCAAUAAUAUUAGGUUUCAAGUUCGAAUCUCCAGAACGAUCAACGUGUACUGCUAGCUAUAACCCUCCCAUCGUAACGUGCGACAAUCUACUUAUAAUUAUAUUGGUAAACUAAGUAUACUUGCAC